UUUUGCCAAGAUUUCUUGUAUUCACGGGGAUACAUGCAGGAUCUCACUGUGACCACCUUGGUUCUAUAGCAGCAGUGUACUAAAUCUCGCUGCUGAUUGGAUUCAUCAGUGUAAAUAACUCUCCGUGGACAGAUUACAGUGCAUACAGCUACUUUCAGAUCGUCACCAUGUGUGACUUGGUUAUGAUUUUGUUCUUCUACAUUAUCCACAUUUUCAGAAUCUACAGGAAGCUCACUUGCGUUAGCUGGCCGCUUGCAGAGUUUCUUCAUUAUUUAAUCGGUACAAUUCUGCUUCUCAUUGCAUCAAUUGUAGCAGCAUCCAAGAGUUAUAAUUUGUCUGGACUUGUGGCUGGAGCGACUUUCGGGUUCCUAGCUACAGUCCUUUGUGUUUUAAGCAUAUGGUCAUCCUACAAGGUUUCGUGCAUCACACAGUCAACAAAUGCAUCUGUAUGACUUCUUCCCUCUGCAAGACAUCUGCCUUACAAACUAGGAUACCAAAGAGGAGCAUCCACUACUGAGGAGAGAGCAUGGGUAUUUUGUUACUAGCCUGGGCAACCAGUACCUUUUGAAGAUCUACUUCAAUGCAAAACAAUGUUGUGAACCAAAGUUUUUUUCCCCCACUUCCUCCUACCCAAGAAGUUAUAUAAUGGAGAACCUGCCUUUUAUGAGCUUUACAGAGAAAGACAACUUCUGUCUCACCAGCUGGGCUGUGGUUAUUUCCAGUUAUUUGCAAUAAGAGCAUUUAAAACU